UCAAGAAACGAUCAUAUCCAGCCAAGCUCCAUGUGACGUAUCGGAAUAUUCCGGUCGGCUUCAACACACGCGUGCACGCCUCCGUUACCACCACGCGACGGGGAAUCCGUCCUCUUCACUGUUCAUCAUCCCCAGAUCUGCAAUUUCAAUACAGUAAAAAGUUUAAAAAUUAAUUUUCUAAAAAAAGAAAAGAAGAUGAUUCGCAACAGUGAAGAUAAUUGAUGGUGAUGAUGCUAACUCCAAUUCAAAAUCAAUGUCCUUCGGAUUCCGGAAUGGGCUCCGAACUUCAAAACCUACCGCCCGAAACAAUCCGACCCGUCCGGCCCAAAUCCAUGGACGACAUCGCGGCGAAGGACGACCGGCCGCUCCUCAAGCCGGGCUCUGAUUCCGCUGCGGCGGCGGCGGAGGAUCAAGCCUCCACCCGGGCGCCUCCCGUCCUGAGCAAGGAGGAGCUUGAGAAGUACGCGCCUUACGUCAGGAACGACGUCUAUGGGGUUAUGGGCCGGGGGGAGCUGCCCGGGAAGGAGAAGCUGUUACUGGCAAUCGCGCUGGUCACGCUCUUGCCUCUCAGAGUGGUGGCGGCCACCGUGAUUCUGGUGGUUUAUUACUUGAUUUGUAGGUUCUGCACCGCCUUUUCUGUGCCGAACCGGGAGGACGAGCAGGAGGAUUUUGCCCACACCGGCGGCUGGAGAAGGAAGGUGAUGCUGCAGAGUGGGAAGUUAUUGUCUAGAGCAACCCUUUUCAUCUUCGGAUUUUACUCCAUUCAGGAAACUCAUAGGGACAGCGACCUCCACUCAAAAUUAAACAAUGAGGAACAAGUUUCAGAGCCUGAAAGGCCAGGGGUGAUAGUGUCAAAUCAUGUUUCUUAUUUGGAUAUCUUGUACCACAUGUCAUCUUCAUUUCCAAGUUUUGUUGCCAAGAGAUCAGUGGCUAAGCUUCCUCUGGUUGGUCUUAUCAGUAAAUGUCUUGGUUGUGUCUAUGUUCAGCGAGAGUCUAGAUCACCCAAUUUCAAAGGUGUCUCAGGUGUGGUGAAUGAAAGGAUCAAAGAAGCUUAUCAAAAUAAGUUUGCUCCAAUAAUGAUGCUUUUUCCAGAGGGAACUACUACAAAUGGGGAUUUUCUUCUUCCAUUCAAGACCGGUGCUUUUUUGGCAAAAGUGCCAGUACUUCCUGUCAUUUUAAGGUAUCCAUACCAAAGAUUUAGCCCUGCAUGGGACUCUAUAUCUGGGGCACGACAUGUUAUUUUGCUUCUCUGCCAAUUUGUAAAUUAUAUGGAAGUUAUCCGGUUACCCGUUUACUUUCCCUCACAACAAGAAAAGGAUGAUCCAAAGCUUUAUGCAAAAAAUGUCCGAAGACUAAUGGCUCGUGAGGGAAAUAUGGCACUCUCAGAUAUUGGAUUAGCCGAGAAGCGAGUAUAUCAUGCUGCACUGAAUGGUAAUAAUAGAAUGUUGUGUACAAUUAAUCAUCAGAAAGAAGAGUGAUAAUUUCAUGGCAUUUGCCCUGUUAUAAUAACUCCAAGUCGUAUGACCAUACUUGCGGUGUCUGCCAUCAUUAGAACAAAUAAGAGAUUACAUUUGUCAUCAUUAGUCAUUACACUUACACUAAAAAUUAUAAACUUUGCCAUUAUUCUUCUGUAAUUGAUACUGAAGCACGUUUUAACGCUGCUAAUCGAACAUAAAAAAAAGUGUUUCUCAGUGACAAAACUCCCACACUUUUUCUUGGGGUGGGGGGUCAGACUUUGUGUGUGUAUGAAGUUGCUAGACAGCAUGUAAAUUGCUUGUGAAGUACUCCGUAUUUUUUUGGGGGGGAAAUAUGAAUGGAUCUGUCUGAAGUCUCUUUUUGGUGUCUCUGCAGGUCUCGUGAUCCAACGAUAAUUUGGGUUCACCACCUGUGUAUAUUCGUUCUAUGAUGUUUAUUCAUUAGGGUAAAAGUAAAAAAGUAAAUUGCUGGAAACCCAUCACCAUCCUGAUCAUCCCAACCCGACAUGGUUGGGAUUAAAGGGUGAAGAAAUUGCUGCAGUCUGAGGGGUUCUUGUUAUUGUCUGUCCAUACAUUGCUUAGGAAUUGCAAUCUCUUCAGAUAUAUAUCGUUGCAGCUUCGGUUUCUCAAUCCCAGAAGCUGUCCAUUUUUCCCCCCUAAAACUUGCUUCCGUCUGGGAUCUUUUACACCGAUAGCAGAAAGGGUGAUUAUUAAACACUUACCUGUCAAAUGCUUCUUGGCUUGCUUCAAUGUAAAGAUGUUGGGUUAGGUUCUUUUUUUGCUUGGCUAUUUUUUAUGCCUAUCAAAGUGUUUUUUUUUUUGCUGUUUGUAGUCACUGAUUGAAGUUUUGAAAUGUUGUUUAAGUCCUUUUUUAUAGUAAUAUAUGUGAAGGGUCUUU